AUGAAGACAGCUGCUGCUGACGAUGUGGACAGUGGUACACUGCAGUGGCUUAAUGAAAUGCGUGUGCAGAAUGUACCAAUUAAUGCUCUGUUGAUAUGUCAAAAAGCCUUAGAUUUUGCAAGUUGUUUGGCGAUUCUAAUUUUAAGCGAUUUCCGGAGACAAAAAGUCAGGACCUUUAGGGUGAUGCAGAAUUUUAGAGGAAAGAUACCAUAUGUAAACUGUCAGAAAAAUACAGUCCUGAAAACUUGUCAACUGAAGCCAGAGAAGACGAUGGCCUUUAGAGGAGAAACGUGUAAAGAAGGGAAGCAGUCUAAAGUACGCCAAACUGUUCUUCUCUGUAGCAACGCGUCAGGGACACACAAAUUGACACCACUGGUGAUCGGACGAUUGAUCAGCAAACCCACGGUGCUUCAAAAAUGUAAGAAGCUUACCAGCUUCAGCCAUAAUGUUUUGCUACAGUUGUAUUGUAAAUGUGAUUUCUUUUACAAGGCAGAUAAAAAAGAAUGGAUGACGUCUAAUCUUUUUUGUGUGUGGCUGCUUUCGCUUGAUAGAGAGAUGGCAAUGAAGAAUAAGAAAAUUGCAUUGCUGGUGGAUAAUUGUAGUGUGCAUAAAAAAAUGCCAGCUUUGAAGAACGUUGAACUAUGCUACUUUCCCUCGAACCUUACUUCGAUUCUUCAGCCACUAGAUAUGGGGAUAAUUAAGAACUGUAAGACAAAAUACCGUUCAUGUUUAAACAGUGUACAGCUGAAUGUGACUGUAAACUGCUGGAAAAAUGCAAGAAUUUCCGAAAGUGAAGAUUUUGGUGAAAAUGUUGUGGUGGAUGAAAGAAUGCAGCAUGAUAUUCAGAGUGUUCUGGAGAUUUAUUCAGCAGUUACUGGUAAAACCGUAGAUGCUACAGUAGUUGAAUACUUGUCAGUGCAUGGUGAGGCUUGA